CGAUCCACCCAUUCAACCACACCACCACUCACCCUCGCACCAACCAUGAAACCAACCCCCUUCCCCUUCGCCCUCAACAUCGGCACCGACAUCGUCCACCUCCCCCGAAUAACCCGCCUCCUCGCCCGCCCCAACUACCUCACCCGCUUCACGCACCGCAUUCUCCACGCCCGCGAACAACAAGACUUUCGCACGCGGUUCGCCCUUCCUUCUCUCCCUCCCUUAUCCUCCCAAACACCAACUCCUAGCAUAAGUAUAUCCCCCGACAUGUCGCGGUGGCUCGCAGGCCGGUUCGCGGCCAAAGAGGCAGCACGGAAAGCGGCGUCCCGCGGCGCGGCGCAUAUUAGCUGGAAGGAUGUGGUGGUUACGGUGGAGGAGGAUGGGGGGAGGCCGGAGGUGGUAUAUUUAGAUGGGGAGGGGGAGGAUGAGGCAGGGAGGGUAGGGAAAUUGUCGAUUUCGCAUGAUGGGGAGUAUGUGGUUGCUAUGGUAGUGGCGGCGGGGUGAGGUAUAUUCUUCAUAGGAGAGUAUAUGGGAUUUUAUAUAAGGUUUACGUGCCGGGGAGGGGGAGUAUGUGGCGGAUGCUAGACUGGGAGUGGGUUUGGACAGUUCAGUGUGACGCUGAGACAAAUGAGGGGAUGGGCUAUGGCUGUGUUGGGGUAAUAUUUGGAUGAAGGGAGGUGUGAAGAUGCGCCUGCUUGAGAGAGGAGACAUGUGGUAGAGCUAGCUGGCUAGCUACGUAUACAGAUGGAGUGUAUCAAUAGAUGUAUAGUAGAGUACAAUAGUAAUGGAUGCAUGAUAAUCGGUAUAAAUAUCGGCAGUGAAGUGUGUAGGCAGCGUGAUCGCCAUCUCGUAUCUGGAGUCGGAGAUGCUGGCGGAGCUGCCGGUCGAGCAGAACA